UCAUAUUUCCGCUGCGGGUUUCAGCCUUCACAGGUAGACGACAGUCGUCAUUCGGUCCGUGGGCCAAGUCAAUCGGUGUAUGCGCGUCUGUGUGUUAUGUUACGUUAGCCUACAGGUGAAGUACAGCUGAAGUCGGUAGAUCGCAUGUUCGCUCGCUCAAUUUGGUUCUUUGGGAUCCCGAUUUUUCACUUCUUGUCACAGACAAACACAACAAACAAUAAGUUAAGUAAAGCAAAGCAAAGCAAAUGCAAAAAAGGUACAUAAUCAGAAAAGCCAAACGUAGCGUACACCGGAGCUGUGUGUAUGUAAAAAUAGAAACCAAUUCAAUGUACAAAUGAAAAUGAAGCAGCAGAACGACUAGAAUAGCUGCUGAGCUCGAAACAUACAAAACGGAGCGGAGCAGUGCAAGUGUGUAAUGCGAUAUUUAAAAUAUUUAUUUGUUUUAGCAAUGCUAUUGGCUCGGUUUCCAGGAAAUAAGUACGCAGAUUAAUGGAAUAUUCUUAAAUUACAUUUUCCGCUCCAAGUGACAUAUGGUGAAUGUGGGAAAUUCAGCAAGAAUUUGCAAACAGAUUUGUGGAAAAAAUUGCUAGAGAAUUUAAGCAUUCAUAGAAAAGUGAUAAAAGUGUAUGUACAUACAAAUGACCGCCUUAAGCACUUAACAUAAUUUUUUGAAAAAAAAAAAUUAUGCAAAAAAAGUGUGAGUAGGUAAUUUUGUUUAGCACAGUGUGCUUAAUUGCAUUUUUACUUUUCUAUAUUCUUACUCGCUAAAAGCAGGAAUAUGACUGGAAAAGAGUCGAAAAAAUAAACAUUAAAACACAUCAACAAAAAAUAUCGCUAAAAAUUGCAACGUGUACGCCGAGAAUUUAAUAGGUUAUUGUGUCUUUUGUGCAAUAAGUGGAAUAUAAAAUAAAAGCGAAAAAAAACAAAAAAAAAACGCAAAAAGAACCAAACCGGAGGAGUAAGCUGUGUACAUACGUGCAAAAUAUUCUUUCUCGAUUUCUUGAUAAACUGUGUUGAGUUGAAGUACAAGGAAUCCAUAUAACAGUUAUCUCUUUGUGUCCAUCAGCGGCGCAGCAAUCCAAUCCAGUUCAGUUCAGUUCAGUCACCCACUGCGUAUUUUGCACAUUUUGCCACAGAGUAGUGUGAAAUAUUCUGCAGUGUUGCUGGUGCGGCACAAGCAGCUAAAUAUGCAGAUAGCAACAUCAUAUCGCAGCAGAUCCAGUGACGAAGCACUCGACGAACAUUUAAAGUUACAGCAACAGCAGCAACGUCAACAAGCAAUGCCAAUGGUAAUGAAUAAUACACGUCGACAUAUAAGCGGCGUUCACAAUAUAGUCUUACCAGCAACACCACCACCACCACCGCCGCCAUCAGAAGCCAUGCGGUUGCGUACUGAUUCGAAUGCGACCAGCAUUUAUGUGAUUGGCGCAGACGCAACGUCCAGCCACAAUGGCCCUGUAACGGCUACCAGCAGCGUUACACAGUCGGAUAGUAAUCCAGCAACAAUGGAACGUAAACAGCGCAAUCGUUUAUCCUGGGUGAAUAUGCGUCGAUUUGGUGAUGCUGAUGAUGCGACUGCGCUGCAUGGUGAGCAUGAUGGUAGAAGCGCUGUGACUAUAACUCCAUCACCACAAACAACGCGCAGUUAUAUCUCUACAGUUUCCACAAUGACAGCCACAACCGGCACAGGUGGUAGCGGUGGUGCUGGUGGUGGCAGUGGCACAAUUAGGAGUAGAAGUGGCGGUCAUAUGGGUAAUGGUAAUGGCACAUUAAGCGGUCGCACAACUGCCGCUUCGGGACGCAUCAGCACUAGUGGUGCUACUACCAUCAGCGGUAGCAACAAUACACUAAACGAUAUAAUAUCCGAUUAUCAUAGUCAUGAGGCGGCUAGCACUAGUGAUUUUCAUUAUUCCAACACUGUUGUGGCAUCCACACCGCACAUGAAGAAUCUUUCGAGCAGUGGCAGCUUUAAUAUGACCAAUGGCAGUACGGUGAAGUUGCUGCCGGUGACGGACGAUGAUUCCAAUCAGCAGACAAAAUGUUCGAUAUUUCGUGGGCUUGUGCUGUGCAUCUGCUUGAAUGUCACCUACGCUAAUAUAGUCCGUUUUCCCAGAGAAUUGGAUAGAUACGGCUCGUCGUAUUUAAUACCAUAUAUAACGCUAUUAUUUCUAGUCGGUUUGCCCAUCAUUCUAUUGGAGAUAUCGGUUGGACAAUUUUUGGGUCAAAGUGCAGCGCAUACAUGGACAGCAUCGCCCAUCUUUAAAGGUGCCUGCAUAAUUAGUCGAUUCGCGUCAUGGCUGUCGACGAUUUGGGUAUCACUGCAAGCGGUCUUGGCGGUGGCCUACAUUGGCAUGUUCAUCUUCAACACCCUGCCAUUUCGGGAGUGUGUGGGCAAUGUGAAGUUGGCGCUGAAUGGCUACACAGUGAUCGGCAACAGCGGUCAAGAAUGUUUGCAGCGCACCUUUUUAACACCAUUCUGGGAGAAUCCAAUGUACUUUGGCAUGCUGGCUGUUGGAUUGAUCGGCCUUUGGAUUGUGGUGAUGUUGUGCACCCACAAUGGCCGCAUUUUGCGCCGCAGUCUCUUCAUCUUCGGCAUACUGGGCUUUCUGCUGCUAUGCUGCCUCACCGGCUGGGAAGUGCACAACUCAUUCCAGCGGUCCUAUUUUCCUGAGCUAUGGCCAUUUGACUCGUCCCUCUUGGUGGACUCCAACAUUUGGUUCAACGCGCUAAUGCAGGUACUCUUCGCCACGAAUUGCGGUUUCGGCGCUCUACCAGCUGUCACCGGAAAAUUCCUCUACAAAGGUGAUGCCGUACGCACUUCGAUCGUUUAUCUUUGCUUCAAUUUGCUCAUCAAUGCAAUAGCCGUCACACUCUUUAUGGUACAGUUUGAUCUCUCUGCCAAUAGUGGCUCUAUGAUUGAGGAACUCAAACCACAAACCGCUGUCUACGAUCGCAUCUUGUACGAUCGGCCAAGCAAUGAGCUCAUUGCACGCAUCAUACCCGUACUAAUCUUUGCUUUGAUCGUGAUUUCCGCCAUCAUCGCUAUCACAGUCGCCAUCUACACAGUCACACGGUUGGUGCCACGCCAUCCCAACUACGUCAUCAGCUUGGUGGCGCUUGUCAUGACCAUCAUGUCGUUGGCAGCGCCGAAAUUUAUCAUAGCGCGCAUUUUGGAUACGCGUAUCGUCGGCACAAUCUUAAUUACAGCGCUUGUCUUCGAAUUGAUUGCUGUCUGUUGGAUUUAUGGCGCCAAAAAUAUCUACACCGAUUUAGAAUUCUCAAUUGGGCGACCGAUAUUCAAGGUUUGGAUGUGGCUUUGGUGCAUUUGCCCAGCUAUACUCACCGCCUUGUUGGUGUGGUGGUGUUCCGACGACGAUCAGUACGACCUCUUGGCCGAGUAUGUGCCACGUUGGGCGCCCAUUUUACUCGCACUAGCCGUCAUUUUCCUCAUUGCUUGCGUGCAAAUAUUCCGACAAGUGGAGUAUAAUUUCUUUGGCAUGAUCUGCGAGGCAUCGAAGGCGGCAAAGGAGUGGGGACCCACUGAUCCGCUGGCGCGUCAUGCCUGGAAGCAAUGGCGUUCGGUGUGCCAAGAUACUGGACGCCGUGAUUUCACGCUACGCCGCCGUGGCACACGCGACUACACGCACUCCAUCAAGAAGGGUCAGUACUCGAACGGCUCAAACUCAAAAUAUGCCAACGGACAUGUCACACAGCAGAAUUGGAAGCAGUCAACAACUGGCAACAGUUCGCCCAACUACAGUGGCUCCAUGUUUGGCGAUUCAGCGAUCGAAGAGGAUAUUAGCGUGGAUAAGUUUCCAGGCGUGGCACAACAGUUCGUGCCCUUCCAGAACAGCGAUGGAAAGCCGUUACGCUAUUCAAAUCGCUCGCGUGCACAACCGCAACAACGCACUAGCGCACAACAACAACAGCAUCAGCAUAGAGAGCAGCAAAGACAGCAACACCACCAGCAGCAGCAGCCGCAGCAGCAGCUGCAUGAGCAUGAAGAGUUGCCUUUGCCUUCACCGCCACCACCGCCGCCACCAAGUCAUGUGCACGCCAUGCGUCCACCAUCCAUGCAUGUGGAGAAGCAUCGCGAGAUUGUCUACAUACGCCGACUAUCGGAGGAUGGCCGCCAUGCGACACGCAUCGAGAUAACACCGUCCAAUGAGUCCAUUACGUAUGGCAGCACAAAUGCAAUCACAGCCAAUGGGGGCAUGCGCAACCCGAUGGGUCGGCUGAGUGGAAAUGGUACAGCGCAUGUUAAGCGCUCCUCCAGCACCAGCAUGGCCGAACAGAAUCGACAUUCGGUCGUGAGCGUAGGAGGUGGUGGAGUGCAUGGCGGACAUGGUGGGGGUGGAGGUGGAGGUGGAGGAUUAGGUGGAAAAUUACCACCACCAAAUGCGAAUGGCAGCGCGGAUCACAUCUGCUGGCGGAAGUUCACCGUGAAUCCGCAGGAGUACUCCACGGAGCUGUGAGGCGCAAGGCACUGCGUUAAUAAAUAAGUAAAUAAGAAAGACAUACAUACAUACAUAUAUGAAUAUACAACAAAAGACUUUUCCGUACCCAAGACAAAUUCGUUAUAAAAUAAUUUGUAGUUACUGUAGUAGCGUAGUGUUAACGAGACAUUUAAAUAUUUAGUACUUGUAGUUGUAGUAGUGAAAAACAAAACAAAAAAACACUUAGACAAUUCCAAAUUGUGUUAAAUACAAUAUUUGUCGUAUAGUUCUUUAUUUUAAUUUGUUUUUUUUUUUUUUGAGUAAGAACAAUUAAAAUAUACCACCACUUAAAUAUAUGUUGAGAAAAAUAUGAAAAAAUUGUAAAUAGUAAUUAAACUAAAAUUAAUGAAUUGAUAUUUUGUAUAAGCUUUAACGAAGGAAGUGCAGAUUAAUAAAACGACUAACACGAAUACAUAAAUAUUUAAAGUAAAGAUAAGAAAUAUUUUUUGAAGAAUUCUGUAACGAAUAUUUAUGUUUGGCGCGAGCGCCCACAAAUAAAAGAUAUGUAAAUCUAACUAGAUGCAUAUGUAUGCAUAAGAAGUAAAAAAUCGCUUAUCCUGAAGGGCUGUCUGUAGUGCCUAAGAAAAUUCAAAAGAAAUAUUUUUCAUUAUUUCUGUUGCUUAAAUCGGGCACCAAGUUUUGUUCCCCAGAACGCUUCAAAACCAAAACCGAAAUGUGAACAAAACUGUCGAGAACGCACUCAAUGGGAAUUACAUAAGAACAAAACGCUGUGGAACGUGCCCAAAGAGAACAAAAUGGGAAACAAGUCUUCGGAACGUUUUGUAAAAGAACAAACAAAAGUCUAAGGAACCUUCUGUCGAAGAACAAAAUGGGAACCAAAGUCUCGAAGAACUUUCUGACAGAUCACGAAACGGGCACACAUCUUCUCUGAACUAUUCUUGAGAACGUUACCGAGAGUUGUGUUCACAUUUUGUUCUUGUUAGAAACGUUCCCGAACCAUUUGUUCUCAUUUUGUUCCCGUUAAAACAUCUCUCAAUACUUUUGUUCCCGUUUUGCGCUUUUGUGGGAACGUUAUUGACAUUGAAUAAGUACUUUGCUGUUGCUGUAAAUUUUUCUUGAAGAAUAAUUACUGAUUUAAGAAAUUUUGAUAGCAGAAAAUUUAUUUUCCAUUUAUUUUCAGUUUUUCUUGAGAGCUGCAGACAGUCCUUAAGACGAGAAAUAAAUAACUGACUGUAAAAAUGAAGUAAUAGAAAUAAAGUUAUUAACAAAAAUUAAUAUGGUUAGGUUUGAGUGAAUGUAAAGCUAUAAAUACAAUUUUGAUCAUUGAUUAUAAUAAAAAAAAUUUACGCUGCAGUGCUCACAAAAGUAUGCAACAAAAAUUAAAAAAAAGUAAUUUAUGAAUGAUAACUUUUUUAAAGCAAUAAAAUGAGUAUAAAAAUAACAGAUGAAAAAGUUAAUGAAAAGAAAAACAGUUAUUUAUAUAAGCUAGCGUAACUGAGUUUUACUGACAUUUAAAAAAAUCGUAUAAACUCUCGAGCAAGCCACAAAUGUAUUGAAUUGAAUUUAAGUAUAUAUAUAUGUUUUUGUAACGCUUUGCCAAGAAUCGAAUCUUUCUUGGCUGACGUAAAUAGUUAAAGAAUGCAACGAAAAACAUUACAAUAAACAAUGAAACUAAAAUUUAAAUAAAAUGAAAGACAUUGUGAAACAAA